UCCCCCUCUCCCGCAGGUUCUACAUGUGAGCGCGUGUGUGUGGCGGGAGACAGUGCGGGGGGGAACCUGUGCCUGGCGGUGUGCAUGCAGGCCUCAGCGUACGGGGUGCGGGUGCCAGAUGGCGUGAUGGCGGCGUACCCGGCCACGCUACUCCAGGCCACCGCCUCGCCCUCCCGCCUGCUCACCUUCAUCGACCCACUCCUGCCCAUCAGCGUGCUGUCCAAGUGCCUCAGCGCCUACGCAGGUCUCGAGCCAGUGCCCAGCCCAUUGUCCAGUGCCGUGGAGAAGGUCGACCCGCUCAGCGCUGUCCGUAACGACACGUCCAUCCUGCUCCGGGGAAUCCGGAUGGGAGCGUCUGCCUGGAUCAGUUCCCUCCUCGAUUCCGGACGGAACAGCACCUCCCACGGUCAGUUUCCCCCCUCGUAACUCAGCGGGUCGGGC